UCUUUCCCAAAGCUUCCAUGGCAGAACUCAUUCGGCCAUGGAUUCUUAUUCUUAUUCUCAUCCAUCUUUCUCUUUUCGCUCUCUGUUUCACUCUAAACGAUUCCCCUCAAAACAUCGAAACCACCUACCCGUUCCUAGUUCCAGCCCCUUCUCCCCUUCCUUCAGAUUCAAAACCCCCUCUUUCAAAGUCUCCGCCCGCACCGACGCUACCUCCGACGCCUGAACCGGCGACGGAGCCUUCGAAGUCGUCAUCGAAUGGGAAGAUAGCAAAGGUGGUGGCGGCUACAGCGGUUAGUACUUUGCUGGUGACUGGUGCAGCGUUCUUUUUUAUUCAACGGUGGAUCGUCGCUAAACGAAAGAGAGAGAACGGUGAUGAUGGCAGAAAUGGUAACUAUGCUCAAGCUGGCGGCGGCGGCGGUGGUGGUGGUGGGGGAGCGCCGGUUGUGCAGUCGGUUGGUCGGAGUGAGUUUGUACGGUAUGAUGGAGGUUUCAAGGGGUUCAUUGUGGACGAGAAUGGUCUCGAUGUGCUCUACUGGAGGAAGCUUGAGAUGAAAAAUGCUUUGCCCAAUAAGAUUUUGCAUAAUUCAAGAGAGAACGAUGGUGAUGAUAAUAAUGGAGAAAACUGCCGCCGGCAAAAGAAAGAACCCAUUCAAGAAAUCCCUCUCCUCCGGGGAAGAUCGUCUACUUCUCAUGUAAAAGUUGUUCCAGAAGUCAGUAACUCCAUCAAUGGAGUUAGACCACAAUCAACGGUUGGGGUUGUCUUUAAAGAUGUCCAACGACAAGGGCAAGAACCUGAAAGCCGAUCAUCAUCGACAGCCUCCUCCGGUCCUCCACCUUCCUCGCCGCCUACGCCUCCACCACCUCCGCCUAUGAUGGGAUAUUCCAACAAAAUAAGUUCGUCGCCGCCGCCGAAGGCGCUGAUUUUGCACUCAGUUCCGAAACCACCAUCCGGGUCUAAAGGGAAUAGUAGCAAACAGGGCGAGGAGUCAACACAAGUAAAAUUGAAGCCAUUGCAUUGGGAUAAGGUGAACACGAAUGCAGAACAUUCCAUGGUUUGGGACAAAGUCAACGACAAUGGUUCAUUUAGGUUUGAUGGAGAUCUAAUGGAAGCUCUUUUUGGAUGUGUUGCCACCAACCGAAAGUCUCCUAAAGGAAACGACACCCCAAAAGCCGUAAACGCUCCCCCACCUCAAAUUUUUAUACUAGACACUCGGAAGUCUCAGAACAUAGCCAUAAUUCUCAAGUCACUAUACAUCUCUAGAAGAGAAAUCAUCGAUGCUCUCAUGGAUGGUCAUGGCUUAAAUGCUGAGACGCUCGAGAAGCUCUCAAGAAUUGCUCCUACGGAAGAAGAACAAUCCCAGAUAGUCGAAUUUCAUGGAGACUCAACUAGGCUUGCCGACGCCGAGAGCUUUCUCUUCCACAUUUUGAAAGUUGUUCCAUCCGCUUUCACUCGCAUCGACGCCAUGUCAUUCAGGUCCAACUACAGCUCUGAGAUUCUGCAACUCAAGGAGUCCGUACAAAACCUUGAAUCGGCCUGCAAAGAGCUUCGAACACGUGGGCUGUUCAUGAAACUUUUGGAGGCGAUUCUCAAGGCCGGAAACCGUAUGAACGCCGGGACUUCCCGAGGGAAUGCUCAGGCUUUCAACCUCAAUUCUCUCCGGAAACUUUCCGACGUGAGAAGCACCGAUGGGAAGACGACUCUUCUUCAUUUCUUGGUGGAAGAAGUCGUUCGUUCGGAGGGAAAACGGUGCGUUUUGAAUCGAAACCGUAGCAUGAGCCGCUCGAGCUCGAGACUGAGCAGUAAUAGCAGCAUUAGUAGCACUAGCUCUGUUCAUAGUACAACGACGUUGGCGGACGAAAAAGAGAAGGAAUAUGUAAUGCUAGGGUUACCAGUAGUCGGAGGUCUAAGUUCUGAAUUCUCUAACGUAAAGAAAGCUGCAGCCAUAGAUUAUGACACAUUCUCAGCAACGUGCUCUGUUCUUUUAAGAAGAGCAGAGGAUAUUCGAAAACUGAUUGUGUCUCAAUCCGUGAAAGGAGGAUUCGCGAGAGAGAUGGAAAGGUUUCUGGACACUGCAGAGGAGGAAAUUAAGGUUGUAGAGAAAGAACAAACGAGGGUGAUGGAGCUUGUGAAGAAAACGACGGAGUAUUAUCAAACAGGGACUUCUAAGGACAAAGGAGCUCACCCAUUUCAACUCUUUGCUAUUGUUAAGGAUUUCUUGGUCACGGUGGAUCGGGUUUGUGUUGAAAUUGCUAGGAAUAUGCAGAAGAAGAGAGUGGCCGGAAGUCCAAGAUCGACACAGUUUUCGGCGAAGACUACAUCGCUGCAUGCAAAUAGGGCGACGGUGAGGUUCCCUAACUUGCCAGAGAAUUUUAUGUCCGACAAGUCGUUUGGGAGAAGUUCUAGUGAUUCAGAUGAUGAUUAAUUUAUUUGAGUAUAUAAGUUUUUUUUUUUUUAAUUUCUUGUACAUAGAAACUGAAAAGAUAAACGUAGGACACGUAGGACACUAUAGGAUAAAACAAAAAGGAAAGAGAAGGAAAGAGUUGAGGGUGAUUUUUUUAAUUAUUAUUAUUGUUUCAAUCAUUUUCUUUGUUUUGGUCCCAAAAGUUGGCAUGCAAAUUACAACUUUUUGUUUUAUAUAUUUAUCCAUUAAUUUUCUAUGUUUUA